CUGCCGGAAAGCUGGGCCGCGGACGGCAGCCUCGUCGUCCGCGCCUUCGGGGCGCCGCCGCCGCGCGGGGCCAAGGUCGCGGGCUUCGACUUCGACAACACGCUGAGCGACAACGAGCACUUCCGCGUCGGCUCGCGCCUCGUGCUGCAGUACGCGCACGUGCCCCGCGUGCUCCGCGAGCUCCACGCCGACGGCUACGCGCUCGUCAUCGCGACGAACGAGUCCCUCACGCACCUCGUCUCCAAGGGGCGGCGCGACGCCGCCGCGCGCCAGCUCGGGAACAAGCUCGCGCGGUUGGAGGAAUUCGCGGAACUCGUCGACGCGCCCAUGCUCGUCUGCGUCGCG